AUGCAGCGUCUAGCACUGGUAACUGCAUACGAAGCCCUCGAGAUGGCAGGUUUCGUCCCAAAUCGCACCCAGACGACGACACUCAGCCGCGUGGGCACCUUCUACGGUCAAACCAGCGAUGAUUAUCGUGACACAAACGCUGCACAGGGUAUCGGCACGCAUGUCAUUACCGGUGGCAUUCGGGCGUUCGGUCCGGGCCGGAUCAACUACCAUCUCAAAUUCGGCGGCCCGAGCUACAGCAUCGACACGGCAUGCUCUUCCGGCCUAGCAGCAAUCCAGCUCGCGUGUUCGGCACUGUGGAACCAAGAAUGCGAUACAGCUGUCGUGGGCGGCCUAAGCAUCCCCACCUCGCCAGACCUCUAUGCCGGACUAAGCCACGGGCAUUUUCUUUCUCCCACGGGGUCCUGCAAGACAUUCGAUAAUGACGCGGAUGGUUACUGCCGCACCCACGGGGUCGGGACUGUCGUGCUGAAACGGCUUGACGAUGCGAAAGCGGAGAAUGCGAAGCUGCUAGAUGCGAUCUUUUUUACUCUUCUUUAUUAA